AUGAAGUUCACUCCCAUUAUCACGGCUGCUCUGUGUGCUGAGGCCGUUAUCGGUGCACGAUUCACCGAGCAGCGUCUAACCAACGAGACCAACGCUGAGUACUCUAGCAACUGGGCGGGUGCGGUCCUGAUCUCAACGGGCUUUACCCAGGUGACAGGUACCGUCACCGUCCCCACGCUCACUGGGAGCUCCAGCAGCAGCGUUGAGUCUGCGGGUUCUGCCUGGGUCGGUAUCGACGGAGACACUUGCCAGACUGCAAUUCUCCAGACGGGAAUUGACUGGUACGUUGAUGGCUCCAGUGUGUCCUAUGAUGCCUGGUAUGAGUGGUACCCGGACUAUGCGUACACCUUCUCCGGAAUCACCAUCUCCGCUGGUGACUCCAUCAAGAUGACAGUCACGGCCACUUCCAAGACUUCCGGCACUGCUGUCAUCCAAAACCUGACUACUGGAAAGACUGUGACGCAGACUUUCACUAAUGUGGCCGAUGGCGAUCUGUGCGAGACCAAUGCCGAAUGGAUCGUCGAGGAUUUCUCGGAAUGCAGCUCCGCCAAUAGCUGCACCCUGGUGCCGUUUGCAGACUUUGGCACGGUCUCUUUCACGGGCGCAUCGGCUGUCAAGAGCGGCACCACUGUUGGCGUCACUGGAGCCACGAUAAUUGACAUCAAACAGAACAACGAGGUUUUGACUGACUGCUCUGCUUCUUCAUCGACCGUUUCUUGUACAUACACUGGUUAG